AUGUGUGAUUCAACUGGUAUACAUAUAACUCGAAUCUAUGUAAAUUGUACUAGAAAAACUCCUUCACCUAUUCGUUCAUCAAAUACUGUUCCUGUAUGUACAUCAACACCAAUAAUCAAUAUAGAUUCAUCAAAUGCAAUAUUAAAACAACAAAUCGGUUUACUUGCUAAAGAAGUUAUUGCAUUAAAGCAACGUCCAUCAGAAACUGAAUCAUUACAAGAUGAACAAUAUGUAUUUAUUUCAAAAGAAACAGGUCAACAAAUUGAUUUAUUAACAGGUGAAGGAAUCAGUAAAAUAACAAAUUCGAAUACAGGAACAAUAAAUAAAAAGAAAAAACGACGACAAUCAACUGCUGUUUUACCAACAAUAUCAAGUGGUUCAUCAAAAUCAAGUGAUGAUGGAGAUUAUUCAUCAGUACUUAUGAAUAGUGAUAUGCCAAUAUCAAAUGAAAAGAAAAAAGCAAAUUUUACUUCUUAUGAUGGCAUACAAAUGUUUACAUUUACAUUAGAUGAUGAUUAG